CCAGAGGAGGAAGUCCCCUUUCUGUUGUUGAAGCUGUUUCUGCCUCUGUUACUUCAUCACAACAGAGACAAGAAGUUUCCCUGCAUAACGUAGGUGGACAGAAUGAUGGAUUACUAUGAAGCGCUCGGGGUGCCCCGCAAUGCCUCUCCAGAUGACAUAAAAAAGGCGUACAGAAAGAAAGCCCUGCAAUGGCACCCAGAUAAAAACCCAGAUAACAAGGAACAUGCUGAGCAGAAGUUUAAGGAGAUAGCAGAGGCCUACGAGGUUCUGUCUGACAAGGGCAAGCGCGAAGUCUACGACCGAUAUGGCAAAGAAGGGCUCGUUGGUGCAGCUGGUUCUGCUGGUUCCAGGCCUCAUCCAGGACCGGAAUUCACUUUCACUUUCCGUAGUGCCCAUGAUGUCUUCCGAGAGUUUUUUGGAGGGCGAGAUCCAUUUGCUGACUUUUUUGAUGAUCCAUUUGCAGACUUACGUGGACCUGUACCCCGGCAUCCUGCAGCAGGGCCUUUCUUCUCCCCUUUUCCUGCAUCAUCGGAGUUCUUUGCAUCUUCACUUGGUCCGGGGCUCAAUGCAGGAAUGGGCUUCCGCUCCGUCUCCACUUCAACAAGGUUCAUCAAUGGCAAGCGCAUCACUACCAAGAGGAUCAUUGAAAAUGGACAAGAGAGGGUAGAAGUGGAAGAAGAUGGAGAGCUGAAAUCCAUCCAGAUUAAUGGGAUCCCAGAUGACUUGGCAUUAGGCUUGGAACUGAGCCGGCGUGAGCAGCAAGCGCUACCAAACCACGGGCCAGCAGCAUCUCCUCCAGUGACAUCACCUCAACGCCCAGCACCCAAGCGCCCAUCCCCGAGCUCCUCCCCAGUGAUCCUGUACACAGACAGCGAUGAUGAGGACGAGGAUCUUCAGCUUGCUAUGGCCUAUAGCCUAUCUGAGAUGGAGGCCAAGAGCCAACACAGAGCAGACCCUGAAGGACAGGCAUAUUCUGUCUGACACCCCUCCAUGCUGCCUCCCUGCAGGUAACCCUCAAAUGUUUAUUUUAGCUGAUCAGUUGAAACAGCAUUCAUCAGCAGGGCUGUGUAUAUUUCUAAUACUCUUGGCUUUGACUAUCCACAAAGGCCAAGAUGAUCCAUUCCUCUCAAAACAUUU